UGUGACGUCAGCGCGUCCCUGUACGUCAGUAGCGUCGGUGGAUCAGUUCGGGAAGGUCGAUCGCAGCCCCGCAGCCGACAAACAUGAUGUCCCUUGCUGCCCGUUCGGGGGCUUUUUCCCCGUACCUGCAAGCUACUAAUUAUGCCGUGGCAGGUCCACUAAAGCCUCUCGUAUCCGGCGUCGUCAUGAAGACCGAUAAACUGUUGAUGGACACCAAGAAGCCGUUCCUGUGCCGCGAGUCCUUAUCGGGUCAGAGCGCUAAGAGCGGCCUCGCCGUGUCCGUCAGCCUCAACGCUCGCUCUUCAGUGCGUUUCACCCACACAGACAUCAAAAUCCCUGAUUUCUCUGACUACCGGCGGCCAGAGGUUUUAGACCCAAAGAAGUCCUCACAAGAGAGCGGCGAAACCCGACGGGCGUUCUCCUAUCUGAUCACAGGUUCCACCGCUGUGGUUGGAGUCUAUGCAGCCAAGACCAUUGUCUCACAGUUCGUCUCCUCCAUGAGCGCCUCAGCUGACGUGUUGGCCCUGUCCAAGAUUGAAAUCAAGCUAUCAGACAUCCCUGAGGGUAAGAACAUGACCUUCAAAUGGAGAGGGAAACCCCUGUUUGUCCGGCACAGAACAGAAAAGGAGAUUACAACUGAGGCUGAUGUCAAUCUCUCUGAGCUUCGGGACCCCCAGCACGACAAAGACCGCGUCCAGAACCCCACCUGGAUCAUUGUCAUUGGCGUGUGCACCCACCUGGGCUGCGUGCCCAUUGCUAACGCUGGUGACUAUGGAGGCUAUUACUGCCCAUGCCACGGCUCUCAUUACGAUGCAUCUGGUCGCAUUAGGAAAGGCCCCGCUCCGCUCAAUCUGGAGGUGCCCUACUACGAGUUUCCAGACGAUGACACCGUGAUUGUAGGAUAAAGGACUGUACUGUAAUAACUACGAUCAACACUGAACGUGCUUUUCUUGUUUGAUUUUUGUCCAUCUUGUUUCAGACUCAUAAUAUGCAUUGACUUGAUGGGUAACAGGUUAAUUGUAAGUAAUAAAGUGUAUUUUAUCUGAUGGAAACCUCACUCAGCUCCAUUUAUUCAGUCUCAAUAUACACAUCUCUGUGUGUUUUACUUAAUCACAUGGGCUGUUUAGUUUUAGCACAUUAUGCAUUGGUUUACAAAUAAAAAUAAGAUAUCUGCUACACUAUAGCGCAUAAGUGUUGAGGUGAUUAAGGCAAAAGGUAAGAGAGGGUGCAGUUUUUGACCAGCAGAAAGUCAGGUAGGUGAUGUUUGCAGGGUGAAGGUGAACAAAAAUGUGCAAUAUACCUUACACAAGCAAUGACACAUUGAUUCUGCACUCUUUUCUGUUGUCAUAGUCAGUGGUAAAUGUGACAACUGUCUGAUUGUGGCUAUAGGUUUCAGUGGAAUCUGAUAAAAACAGCAAAUGUGAAAUAUGGACGUAUUAAAAAUGCUCUGUUCUUAAAGAUUUGUGCACAAACGGAGCUCUAAGAUGUGCUUACAGAGUUAUGAAUUGAAUAAAACCUUCACAAAUUU